UCCGAGUGCUUUCUGAAUCAGUGAUUGGCUACUUGUAAGAACGAGUAGGAAUGACCCAGAUGAAUUGGGUCAUGCCCAAUUUGCAUGCAUAUUGAUUUUGAUUCACACAAACCACAAUAGUCUCUGGGUAAUGUGCAUCACCUGCGCACUAAAUUACCCCGAUUCAAUCUGACUGGAGCUGCAGUAGAGCUCAUGUGGAAAAGCCCAAAGAGACUCGCACUCAAAAACUUUUUCAUGCACUUUCACUGAGUAAAAGUUUGAGUUUUUCUGAGGAGACAACACUAGCACAUAGAACAGAGCUGGGAAAGCGUCCUGCUGCCAUCUGCUGAAUAGGAAGAGCACGUGCAGGUGGACGUCUGGCGUCAUCGUCUCCUCAGCGCGUUGUCAGGUAACGGAAGAGUGAGUGUGUAGGCAUGAGUCUCAUAGAGCGGAAUUCAUCCACCUGGAGACGCAGAGACACGUUUCCAAACAUCCGAGCGGCAGGAAAGCUCAUUCCAGUUGGUGACACAACUAAGACUUGUCUGCAGGAAAUUACACCAGGGACUGUAACUCCACCUGUGGUGAAGAAGUUUGUCAAUUCUGCUCGGCCGCCCGUUGGGACAGUUCGGGUCUUCCAUGGAAAAGCAAAUGAUCCUGAUAUUGCCAGCACACUAGUCCAUGGUGUGAACACUAAAUCAUCCAUUAAUGCUGGAUCAGUGAUCAAUCCUGCACCAAAAACACGCUUCCUAGAGAGGCUGCGUCAGCUUCAAGAAAUAAAUUAUGCCACCAAUCAGAAAGCUCCUCUUGGGAGGUCACAAGUUCAAAGCCCUGGUUUACCAAACUGGCUUGAUCCUGAGAAAACCACUUUUGGUGUCACAGCACUCCAGUUAUCUAACGGUGGUGAGAUCAUCAAUCCACCCAAAACUGCACAUCAGGUGAAGAAGGAAGCGGACGAGGGACAUCAGCUCUACGUUCGCUCACAUGGAUCCUACUUCGUAGGAGAGCGUGUGGACAGGAAGUACAAUUGCAGUCACUAUGGGAGAGACAGUAGGUUUGGUGUCCCUACGCCUCAUUACAAUGAUGGGAGAACCAUCUCCAGAUCUCUGCAGUGGCCCUCUGACUCGCUAAUCGCAAAAUUAGUUUCGAAACGCUGCGAUGACUUCAGAGAGAGGACUCAGCCACAAACAGGCAAAGUUCAUGAUCCAAUUGCAGAGACAUUAAACGUUCCCAGUGAUCACACAUUUGGGGUCUUGAUGAAACCGGACAACUUUGGUGUAGGUGACCUGCUGCAUCAAACUCCACCUGGCGAGUACCUGAAAGGUAAAGACAGACAGCGAGCCCUGGUCAGUGCUGUUCUCCAGCACCUCAAGAAGUCCAACUACCAGAACUUCAGCUCAUUACUAGAAGCAUUCAGAUACUACGACAAGAAGGGUCAAGGGAAAAUCAGUAGGGAGGAUUUGAAGGAAGUCUGCCACCAAUUUAAUAUGAUCAUCAGUGACCGGGUGCUUGAUGACCUCAUGGAUUACUGUGAUGUUGAUAACAACGGACUGAUUGACUUCAUGGAGUUUUCCAAUUUUCUUAAUUGGAAAGGCAAAAUGCCAAUCAACAAGGUGGAGCAGAAAAUUCUCACAAAAGAGCGCAUGGCUCGGACAGCCCCGGCCAACAUGCAACGCACAGACCUCCAAGAAUCCAGCGCCGUGAAGCCUUUGAUUAGACCUGAAGAUCUGGAACCUGUUGAGGUGGGAACCACCAAGAAGACUCCAAAAACCCUGUCCAGGCCCAGAACAGUGCAGAACAACUUCUUCACCUCGUCUUCUCUCAUAAAUGCUGUUGUGGGUGCAAUUUCCCCUGCCGGAGUACCAACAGUACGGACUGAUCUACCUGCUCCACGUAUCAAACGCAUCAGUGACAGGACAAACUAUGGAGAUGAAGCAACAGCACAUGAUCUGCUGCACCCCCCUCUGCAUACCCUCUACGGAGUCCAUGAAAAAGAGUUUUUUAGUCCUCGCACGAAAGAUGAGAUCACACAGAUAUUCCAAAAAGUGCUUCUCGGCGUUGCUGAGGAGACAUUUGAAGAGGCGUGGAAGUUGGCGUCCAAGAGACAUCCUGCUGGUGACAUAUGUGUGGAAACCUUUCGAAAUGUUCUCCAUGAACUACGAACUAAUCAUUUAUUACUUAUUUAGUUGAUUUCAAGUAAUAACAUUUGUAUGGUUUUAGUUUAAGUUUUAGUUAACUAUAAAAACCCUGGUGACACACCAUAAUUCAAAGUUUGCAUUCGUUCAGAUCAUUUAGGAGAAAGUAACAUAAAAAAAAAAAAAUGUUACACAAGUAAAAGCAGGUGAGGUAAAGCUCUAGGUGCCUUCCAAGGGAUUAUUUCAGUAAUAUGAUAAAUGCAAAGACUGCCUCCGGAAAGGCUGGUUUCAUCUGAACAAUAAUCAGUGUGGACACACUAAACUAGUAAUCAUUACUACACCGUGAAGUGGGUUCAGACCCUCAUGACUUCUGCAACUGCAGUAUUUUAUUAGUUCUGAUCCAUUAUUGGGUCAGCGGUAAUUCUGGCCAUGUUAUUCGUUUAAUUUAGUCUCUUGUCAAAUGAAGCAAAGUGCUGCAAAGGGCCUGACUGCAAUAAGAAGUGCCCUCAAUGUAGUGUAAUAAUAGCUCAGUUUAGUAAUGAAUUUUUGCCUCCCAGGAUAACAUUAUUGCGUUUACUUAGAGGACGUAUGCUGCAUUUAGAAUUUGAGAGAGAUGGAGAUGGCUGUCAAUUACUGUUUUCUCCCAAAGGACUUUAUCACACACUGAUGAUAAGUGGGAUUCUCUCUCUGUGUGUGUGUGUGUGUGUGUGUGUGUGUGUGUGUGUGUGUGUGUGUGUGUGUGUGUGUGUGUGUGUGUGUGUGUGUGUGUGUGUGUGUGUGUGUCUGUGUCUGUGUGUGCUGUACCCAAUACCCCAAGAGUUAUGAUCUGUUAUGGAUAAUAAUGGUUAUUUGUCACCUAGAUAUAUACACAUAAUCCUUUGCUGGUUAUCGGGUAAAUUAUAACAUCUCUUGGACUAGUAAAUCUCAAUAUCUUUUGUUUGUGAUACAUUGAACGUGAACCUCUUUACUUUAUUAAUACACAUCCUUCUCCUUUUCACAAUGCAAUCCAUUUUCUAUAGUUAAAAUAAAGUCCUGCACAAUGUUGGGCUUUGAGCUGCAUUUCGUGUUGACUUUAAAAGCACAAGCAAAUAUACAGUACAAAGAUUAAUUCAUCUGCCUUAUUUGGCAACAUCAAUAUAAUGCAUCAUAAAUAUGAGUUAAUGUUUAGUACCAUAAACAGAUUAAUAAUAACAGCAGAGUCCCUAAUCCAUGAUAAAAGCCUAGAGGAGUGCAAAAUAGCUUUGUAAAGCACAUUAAUGCUUUUAUUUUCUUUUGUUCAGUUGACUUGUAGAUGAAGCCAGCGUGAUUAAUUGCCUAAUAUGGUAUUAACAUAUUUAUUUCAAUUGAAAUAGGAGGUACUGUAUGAUAUACACUGUUAAUCAUAUUAUGACUUGUUUGCACACAUGUGACAAAACACCCACGCAAGUUGAACAGAACAAUCCAUUACUGCCUGCAAAAAUUAUAAUAAUCCCACAGCCAUAUUUCUAAAUGAUUUAAUGAAUUUCAGUCGAUGAUAAUUUGAUGACUCCCUGUAAAGCCAUGAAUGCAUAAACAAUGUCAUGCCAUAAAAGAGUUUUCCACAGAAAUAGGAUGACAUCCACGCAUGGGUGAGAACGUCAUCCUGUCAGUUUAACAAAGGAUUUAUUUUAAUACCUAAAUUAGGUGAUAAUUGGUCUCAACAACCAUCUGUGGUUCUCUAUGAUCUAAAGGGAACAAAUAUCAUAAUUAAUUGUGGUUGUUUAUCUUGUCGGAAAUGUUAGAAUCUCUUUUAUGGUCUGCUUGAUCUGAAAAAAAAAAAAGUUUUGUUGAGAUAUCAGUUUAAUUUAGUCUCUACUUAAUGGAAGUGCAUUAGAUCAAGAUUUGACAGAAAAUGUUUUUUUAACAAACUUUGGCCCUAAUUAAACACAUGAUCCAAGGACAUCUGUAACACUGUAAUAAUUUUUAAAAAUAGAUUAAAGUCACCAGUAUCAACAUAGAUGUUUUGUAAAGGCCAAGUAAAUAAAGCCUGUUUUUUAGA